AUGGCGAGUUUCGGCGGCGGCGGCGACCAAGUGCGGCGUCACGAUGGUGAGUCCGUGACCGAGUGGACGGCGCUGCUGCGGGGUCCCUCUGCCACCCGCCAGGCCGGACAGCGUAGCGAGAAUGAUGGCUUGGCUCCUAUCGCGAUUCGUCGCGGGGACGGAGACGAAUAUGAUGACGGGUAUUCGAGCGACGCCGACCUCGACCCGAACGAGUCAGACAUGCUAGUCGCGCGCAGUUUCACCUCCGGGGCCUCCGGCCUCGCGCCCGAGUCAUUUCAGUCGGCCAUGCUCAGGGGUCGUCGCCGGUCGCGAAGCACGAUGCGGCAGCCGUCGCUAGGCGUACGCAGUAUCGCUUCCGUGUCGCCGCGGCCCAUAACGCGGGAGGGGCGCCAACAUCCCGACACGUCGUCCUCGUCGACGCUCGCUAGCGACGGGGAGCACCCCAUCGAUGUCGAUGUCGACGUCGAUUUGGAGGUCAACGGCGAGAACGGCGCCAAGGUACCGUCAUUCCUGAUCGAGACAGACAACCGACAGUUCUGGAUCGUCUUCCUCAGCAUCAUGCUCACGCACUUCAUCGCCUGCUUCGACGGCACCAUCAUGGCUUCGAGCCACCCGGUCAUCACGUCCUACUUCCGCAGUUCCAACAGCGCCUCCUGGCUCUCGACCGCCUUCCUGUUGACCAGCACCGCCUUCCAGCCCAUCGUCGGCCGCCUGUCCGACACUCUCGGCCGCAAAGUGCCGUACCUCGUCACCAUCGUCAUAUUUAGUCUCGCUACGCUCUGGUGCGCCCUCGCUAACAGCAUGACCUCCUUCAUCCUCGCUCGGGCCGCCUGCGGGCUCGGGGCAGGGGGGACGAUGGGGCUCGGGAACAUCAUCGUCAGUGACCUGGUUCCCAUUGAACGCCGAGGUGCGUACCAGAGCUACAUCAACAUCGUCUAUGGGCUCGCCGCGGCAGCGGGCGCGGCCCUAGGCGGACUGAUGGCAGACACCCUCGGCUGGCGCUGGGAGUUUGGUGUGCAGGUGCCGCCGCUCAUCCUCUGUUUCUUCAUCGCGUCUCUUUGCAUCCCGGGCGACCUGGGCAAGCACGACAAGCACCGAAGUUUCGUCCAGGCCAUGAAGGGCUUCGACUUCGGCGGCUCCGCGCUCCUGACCACGUCGACGGCGUUCCUUAUCCUAGGCUUGAACCUGGGAGGAAAUGUGCUGUCGUGGUCGCAUCCGUUUGUCAUAGGUGCUCUCGUCACUUUCGCCGUCUGCUUCCCGCUGUUCCUAUACGUCGAGUCGCGACACGAGCGGCCCAUCAUGCCCCUGGCCCUGCUGCACAAUGCGCCGCGGGCCAACCUCAUCUUCUCCAACUUUAUCGCCUCGUUUCUGCUCAAUGCUAUUCUCUUCAAUACGCCACUCUUCUUCCAAGCCGUGCUGCUGACGAGCGCGACGAAGUCGGGCCUGUACCUGGUGGUGCCGACGAUGGCGGCGAGCGCGACGGGGACGCUGACGGGGUUCCUGAUCUCGCGGACGCGGCGGCUCAAGUGGCCGCUGACGCUGGGGGCGACGGGGUACCUGGUGGGGACGGGGGUGCUGGCGGGGGCGCUGCGGCGGGGGACGGGGCCGACGUGGGUGUACCUGGCGUGCCUGGCGCCGGCGAGCGUGGGGCAGGGGUUCCAGUUCCCGGGGACGUUCAUGGCGGUGCUGGCGGUGUCGGCGCACCGGGAGCAGGCGGUGGUGACGAGCACGCUGGUGCUGUGGCGGGCGCUGGGGUCGGUGCUGGGCGUGUCCGGGUCGAGCCUGGUGCUGCAGAACGCGCUGCUGCGCUACCUCGAGCGCCUCGUCGUCGACGCGCCCGACCCGGCCGCCAAGGCCCGCCUCAUCGCCCGCGUCCGCCAGAGCGUCGAGGCCGUCGCCGCCCUGCCCCCCGCCAGCCCCCUCCGCGCCCAGGUCGUCGCCAGCUACGAGGCCGCCAUCCGCCUCACCUUCCUCUGCUGCGUCGCCUUCGCCGCCGUCAACGUCCUCCUCGUCCUCCCCAUACGCCUCCCCCGCCUCGGAAGCCGCACGUGA